UCAGCUCAGCAGGCUCCAGUCUACCAACUGCUCUCUGAAAACCUAUUUAAAGCAGUCUGUCUUGUCUCAGCUCAGCAGUCUCCAGUCUACCAACUGGUCUCUGUAACUUCAUCUUUGUCUCUGUGGUGUCCAGUCUUCGGGUGAUGAUGGGGUUAUUGAAUCAUCUCUCUACUCUCCUCCUUCUCUCUCUCCUUCCUUCUUCUCUCUCUGAGGUGGUGAACAGGUUCAAUCCAAACUGCAGUGAUUUCUUCCUGGAGGGGACAACUCCAAAUCUCCCGGGUAUUUUGGUUGAUGGGACAGUCAAGGACCAGAACCGCUACAAGCCUAUCUGCCAGUUGUUUAAAUACAUGAAGAAAAAGAAAGUUUACAACACCUACAUGUUUGCAACUCUCUACGACACAACAAACAAGAUCCCUGUGUUCUCAGCCUUCACCUUCACUGGGGUUGGACCAAGCGAGAGCAGACCAGAUACAUGGAUGAUUGAACCUCAGCUGGACGGAGGACUAGACCCAGAUAUGAGUCUGGAGAAUGACGGAGUCACUUAUACACACCAGGCUGUCAAUCAGGACUUCCACAACUCUGUAAACCUAACAGGGCUGAACAAAGGGCACCUUUUCUCCAAAGGUUACGCAAACCAACCCGCUAAUCAGAACUCCACUUUUACCCUGACCAACUGUGUUCCUCAGGUACAGUCAUUUAAUAACGGCAGCUGGGGAAAGAUGGAGUGUAAGGUUAGAAAGAUUCUCCUAAAGCAAUGCCUAGAUAAUACCGGUAAGCCCAAGGCCUAUGUGGUGACUGGAGCGGUGCCCAGUACGAACAACACACUGAACAACCGAGUGAACAUCCCGGAUCUCAUGUGGACAGCCUACUGCUGUUACAACAAAGACCAGGGAAAGUGGGUGGCCGAAGCACACUGGGGUGAGAACCAGGGUGAGGGGAAGGGGAAAACAAUGCCCUCAAACAGUAUGGCAGAACUGUAUGAGAUGUUGAACCAGCAUUACCCAGAUGGUGGUGUCCAGGUGUUCCCGGAUCAGUGUUCAACAGCGCAGCGCCUCAUGGAUGAAGAUGUACAUGACCAUUGUGUCUAUGAUGAUGAUUGUGUCUGUUCCUCUGUGGGGAUCAAAGGUCAUUACCUACCUGUUGUAUUGUUUCCUGUGCUGGUGAUGAGGAUGUUGUAACGCGUGACUCCGUCAGGCCAAGUAGGUAAUAAUGGUCCUGGUUUAAUCUGACCUGAAAUUCAAUACUUUCUGACCAAUCAGCACAGUACUGUUCUACCAUGCUUAAUGUAGAACCACUCCAUCUAUUAUUUGUAACGCUAUAUCUCUUGUUAAAGGGGCAAUCUGUGAUUACUGUAUCAAUUUUUGGACUUUUACAGACAUUAUAUGUACCAAUUGAUUCUUAAAGAAUAUAACAGAGUAGCUGAUUUGGUUUUGGGUGUUGAGAUUAGACCUGACCUGAAAUUCAA